AGAGCUGUGUAUUUCCUCCUUCUUCAUUGAGACGGAUUGAAGAGGGUGACGAGACUAACAGCAGCUCCACAGCCUGACCGAGUGGUGUUAAUGAAGAUCAAAGAAUCUAGGACAGUGAGAAACCGGAGAUGCUAAGAAAGGGGGAGUGGGUUUGGGUGGACUCCGACAUCGGGGUCCCCAUUGGAGCCAGGGUGAAAGUUACACCGUCAGGCCAGUGGCUACUGGUGGACGAUGAGGGAAAGGAGCAGAGUCUGUCCCCGGAGCUGGAGGCCUCUCUCAAGAUUAUGCACCCAACAUCAGUAGAGGGUGUGGACGACAUGAUCAAACUGGGAGACAUGAACGAGGCCGGCCUCCUCAGAAACCUGCUGCUCCGACACAAACAAGGCAGCAUCUAUACCUACACAGGCUCAGUGCUGGUGGCCGUGAACCCGUACCAGGAUUAUCCCAUGUAUUCAGCUGACCAGGUAAAGUUGUAUCAGGGUCGAAAGCUCGGAGAACUUCCUCCACACAUCUUCGGCAUCGCUGAAACCUGCUACAGCAACAUGAAACGCCACCUCAGGAACCAGUGCUGCAUCAUCAGUGGGGAAUCAGGAGCAGGGAAGACGGAGAGCACGAAGCUGAUCCUUCAGUAUUUGGCAGCGGUCAGCGGAGAACUCUCUGAACAGCAGAUUGAACAGCAGAUCUUGGAGUCUAACCCCAUACUGGAAGCGUUUGGAAAUGCUAAAACAAUCCGCAAUGAUAACUCCAGUCGCUUUGGGAAAUAUCUGGAGAUAUUCUUCAGUAAGGAUGGAGUGAUUGAAGGAGCUCGAGUGGACCAGUAUCUGCUGGAGAAGUCUCGUGUCUGCCAUCAGGCCCUGGAGGAGAGAAACUACCACAUGUUUUACUGUCUGCUGGCAGGAUUAACAGCAGAGGAGAGGAAAAUCCUUCACCUUGGAAAAGCCGAGGAGUACAGAUUCCUCACUAAAGGCGGCUGCAUCCGGUGUGAUGGAAGAGAUGAUGCUAAAGAUUACGCACAUAUUCGAUCUGCCAUGAAGAUCCUGAACUUCUCUGAAAGCCAGUGUCAGGAAAUCCUCAAGCUGCUGGCGGCCAUUUUGCACCUGGGAAACAUCUGCUUUGAAGCAAACACACAGAACAACCUGGAAACCAGCGAUGUCAGCAAGUCAGAGCACUUCAGCAUCGCAGCGUCACUACUGCAGGUCCAGAAGUCUUCUCUGUCCUCGAGUCUGACCCAUCGUUCGUUCAUGACGAACAGAGAGCGAGUGACCAAACCUCUGAGCUGUGAGCAGGCCUCUGACUGCAGAGACGCCUUCGUCAAGGCAAUCUACAACAAGCUUUUCAUUUGGAUCGUUGAAAAAAUCAACAGCGUGAUCUAUAAACAGUUGAUCAAAACCCCCAAAUCCUCCGUCCUGUCCAUUGGCUUGCUCGACAUCUUUGGCUUCGAGAACUUCAACACCAACAGCUUUGAGCAGCUGUGCAUUAACUUUGCCAACGAAAAGCUGCAGCAGUUUUUUGUGGCUCACAUCUUCAAGCUGGAGCAGAAGGAGUACCAGAAGGAGGACAUCGUAUGGAAUAACAUCAAGUUCAGCGACAACCAGAACAUCCUGGACCUGCUGGCUGGACAGGCCUGUAACCUGCUGGCUCUGAUUGAUGAAGAGAGCCAUUUUCCAAAGGGCACAGACUCUACGAUGCUGAACAAGAUGAACCAGCAGCACAGCGGGAACAAGAUCUACAUCGCCUCUAAAAGUCAACACAACACAGAUUUUGGUAUUCACCACUUUGCAGGCGUGGUUUACUACGAAUCUGAAGGGUUCCUGGAAAAGAACCGAGAUGCCGUUAGUUCUGACAUCAUCAAGAUGGUCGACGUCUCCACCAAUAAGCUGCUGCGUCAGAUAUUUGAGUCAGAGCUCUCAACAAACGGAGGGAAGAUCGGUAACAACAAGAAGGUCAUCAUGACACCUAAGAGCUCACUACGGUCUCGGACUGACGGCAGAAAACCAGUGCUGACACUGAGUGGUCAGUUCCGUCAGUCUCUGGACUCUCUGAUGAAGGCUCUGUCCGCCUGCCAGCCCUUCUUCAUCCGCUGCUUCAAACCCAACAACAAAAAACAGUCCGAGCUGUUCGACAGAGAACUGUGUAUUCGUCAGCUGAGAUACUCCGGUAUGAUGGACACCAUCCGCAUCAGGAAGCUGGGAUACCCCAUCCGCCACACUUUAAACGAGUUCCUAAAGCGCUACAGGGUGCUGCUGAAGACCACCGUCUGUGACCCCAGGAUGAAGUCGGCUGCUGCCUGCUGUGAAGCCAUCUGCAGGACAGUGAUUAAAGGAGAGGACAAGUGGAAAAUAGGCAGGACCAAGAUUUUCCUCAAGGACACUCAUGAUGUUUUCCUGGAAAGACUGAGGGAAGAAGAACUGAGCAGGAAAGCUGUGGUGAUCCAGAGGGUCAUGUUGGGCCAUAAAGACAGGAAGACUUUUCUGAAGAAGAGGAGGGCAGUGUUGGUGCUGCAGAAGAACUGGAGAGCUUACAGACUGAAAAAAGCAGAAAGAAAGCUCCAGCGUGGCUACGACCGGCUGACUGCAAAGAUCCGGAGUCGGAUGCUUCAGUUUCACUACCUAAAGCAGAAAGAAGCAGCACUGACAAUACAGAGCCAGGUACGAGGCUACAGGUCCAGAAAAGAGUGGGAGCAGAAGAGAGAGGCGGCCAUCUUGCUGCAGGCUCACACCAGAGGUCUGCUGGCCCGAAGGGAAGCUGACAGAUUGAGGAAGGACAGAGGAGCUGCAGCUAUUGAAACUAACUUCUUAUUACUCCAGGAGAAGGAAAGACAAGAGCAAAUAGCUUUGAAACUUCAGCAGCGUCUUCAGCAGCUUGACCUCGCCCUAGCUGAAGAGGAGUGUGAGUCAAUCGAUGAGCAGGACUCCGGGGAGCAGGAUUCCGGGGAGCAGGUGUAUGAACGUCGUAUACCCACUCCUCCUGUGGAAGUGGUCAAACAGGAAGCAUUGAAAUCAGACGAAUUUAAGAAGAGAAGAAACCUGCUAGAGCUGCAGGAGAAUCCCUCGAUAAACAUCAGUCCAGCCUCAAACUCGUCGACCCCGACACCAUCGACGAGAGAGGAGGACGAGGAUGACAUGUUUGAUGAAGACAGUGAUCAGUUUUCUUUCUACAAGUUCAGCGUACAAUACUUCCGGGGCGACGCUACACACACACACAUCACGCAGAGACUCAAACAUCCUCUUCUGCCUCACGAUGACGAGGGCGACGCGCUGGCAUGUGUGACUGUAUUCUGGAUUAUUCUGCGUUACAUGGAGGACAUGCCAGAGCCCAAAUCUAUGGACGGCGUGUCCCAAGCCUCGAGCACGAUCUCACGCGACCUUCCUCACAGGAGAGGCCGCAGGCUGAGCAGCCUGGUGGGACUGGACCAGAAAAUUCUGAGGAAGAACAAGAAAAAGCUUGGAGGAAGAAAAGCUUCUACCAUUAUUGAGGAGCCGGAGGACCUGACAGAAGACGAGGACGUCAUGAUCGGAGAGGGUCCUAAACUACAUCGGUACCUCACGUCCCAGGAGAAGCUACACAUUAUCAUUGGCUACGCUCUAUCCAGACGAGACAUGAGGGACGAGAUUUACUGUCAGAUCUGUAAGCAGCUGGUGGAGAACAGGAACAGGAGGAGCCGCUCCCUCGGCUGGACUCUCCUCUCCAUCUGUCUCGGGAUCUUCCCCCCGACAGACCUCUUGAUGAAGUAUUUGGAGAGUUUUGUCCGCAGAGGGCCGAGUGGUUAUGGAGCGUAUUGUACCGAGCGCCUGCGUCGUAUACGAGCAAACGGUGAAAGACAAGAGCUGCCAUGUGUCAAAGAAAUAAAGGCUGCCACGACCAAGGAGCCGUUAGACGUGACGGUGACUGUGAUGGACGGCCGCUCCGUCACUCUGCCUCUCGACUCAGCCUCCAACUCUGCUGAAGUCUGUGAAGCCGUGGCUGACAGUAUCGGCCUCAGAGACACUUAUGGAUUCUCCCUGUACAUCAGUGUAUUUGAAAAGAUGUGGUCUCUGGGCAGCUGUGAGACCCACGUGUUGGACGCCGUGUCUCAGUGCGAGCAGGAGAUGAAGAGGCAGGGAAAGCAGGAGAAGGACGCCCCCUGGAGUCUCUCCCUCCGCAAGGAACUGUUCACACCCUGGCAUGACUGCUCAAAGGACGAGAUCAGCACGGAUCUGAUCUACAGACAGAUUAUCAAGGGGAUUAAGUCUGAAGGGUACACCAGUGAGAAGGAGGAUGAAUACGUCCAGAUGGCGGCGAGGCACUACUACAUCCGCUUUGGCUCCGUUUACAACAAAGACAACGUGCAGAAGGUGGUCGAUGAGUGCAUCCCCACGCCGCUUAUAGAGAACAAAUCCAUGACAACGUGGGUCCAACUCAUCAGCGCUGCACACUUACAGGGGCCUUAUGUCAACGGGCAGCAUACGUCAGAGAGUGUGAAAGGAGAACUGGUGGACAGCGCCCAACAGUCUUGGCCCAUUUACUUCUCAAGGUUUUAUGAAGUCACGAUGAUGUCAGGACCUCCUUUGCCCAAAGAUAGGUUCUUUGUGGCCGUCAACUGGAGCGGCGUCUUUUUCAUGGACGGUACAGACAAGAGACUGCUGGAGCUUCCUUACCUGGAGGUGAAGGAAGCACGCUUGACAAGUGACAACCAUUUGAGCUCUCAGUCAGUGAGUUUGACCACGAUCAGAGGAGAAUUUGUCCUGACGUCUGAUAAAGCUUCGGACAUGGCAGAACUCAUACAGAAGAACCUGGAGGGGCUGAGACAGCGCUCGGUGUUUGCUGUGGUUCAGCAGGAUGCCAGUAAACAAGGUGACCCAAAGUUCCUGGUGUGUAAACGAGGAGACCUGCUGCUGGUGGAGAAAGAUGAAGACUAUCCUCCUAAAGACAACUUGAUCAGAGCGACUAAUCAGAGGACCAGCAACAGCGGUGCAGUUUAUAUAGAUGCUGUGCAGUUUCUGCCAACUCUCAGCAAACCCUCGGAGGAAAUGCUGGAGCUGCUCAGUCCAGGCACAAGGAAAACUUCCACAACACAGAACAUUUCUCAGAGAGAGGAAACAGUGGCUCCUGCCUCCCUCAAAGAGUUUGCACUGGAGAACUUCAGGCCUAUAGGUAAAGAUGUCGGUCGACAGGGUGCCUCCAGAGCGGUCGGCAGGGAGAAGCUGUGGGCAUGUUCCAAAGAGCCUCUCAAACAGCCGCUGAUGAAGCACCUGGCCCGCCACUCUGACCUCAGCAACCUGGCAUGCAACGCCUUCACUGCUAUCCUGAAGUACAUGGGCGACUACCCCAUCAAACAAGCUCGCAGUCCUCUGGAGCUGAUCGACCAGAUCUUUGGUCCAGCCACGAAGCAUGAAGCUCUGCAGGACGAGAUCUACUGCCAGAUCAUGAAACAGAUGACAGGAAAUAACAACAGGUUGAGUGUGGAGCGUGGCUGGCAGCUGAUGUGGCUGUGUACUGGCCUGUUCCCGCCCAGUCACAGUUUGAUGAGACACACUCAGCGCUUCAUGGAGUCUCGACCCAGAGAACAUCUGUCUUUCGACUGUCUGCAGAGGCUGAAGGGGAUGCUCAGUAAGGAUCCCAGGAAGCUUCCUCCUCACAUGGUUGAAGUGGACGCCAUCCAGCAGAACAGCACGCAGAUCUUCCACAAAGUCCACUUUCCAAAUGAUACAGACCAUAUAUUUGAGGUGACAUCGACAACCACAAUCAAAGAGCUGUGCAGCACCAUUGCCUCUCUGCUCAGACUGAGCUCAGCUGAAGGAUACGGCCUGUACCUGAAAACACAACAGCAGGUCACGAGCAUUGAAGAGGAGAAAUAUUUCUUUGACAGUUUAAGGCAAACAUCAGACACUCCAAAGAAAGCAAGAAAAGUGAAAGAAGGCGCCCCGACCAACACGCCCUACCUGGUGAUCUUUAGGAGGAAGCUGUGGUUCAAUGUGACUCCAGGGAAAGACCUGAUCGCAGACCUCACCUUCCAUUUCCCACAGGAACAGCCAAAGUACCUGCGGGGAUACCACAACUGCACCAAAGAGGACAUGAUCACUCUGGCUGGGCUUCUCUUCAGAACUCAGGUGGAUUCAGACAGGUCGCAGUUCGUCAUGAUCCCGAAAAUGUUGAAGAGUCUGGUUCCUGCUGACCAGCUAAAGCUCAUGUCACCUGAAGAAUGGAAGAAGCACAUCAUCUCCUCCUACAACAAGCAGAGCGGCAUCACAGUUGACGAGGCCAAAAUCGCUUUUCUGAAAGCCAUUUCAAGCUGGCCCACCUUCGGCUGCGCCUUCUUCGAAGUCAAACAAACAUGUGAAUCCAGCUACCCAAACACGGUUCUGAUCGUCGUCAGCAAGCAAGGUGUGAGCCUAAUAGACCCAAAGACAAAGGAGCUGCUGGUCAUGCACCAGUAUAAACGCAUCACAGACUAUUACAGCAAAGGAGUGUCCUUCCAGAUGACCAUUCGCACGCUGGUGAAGAGCGUCACUUUCACCUGUGAAACCCCACAGGCCAAAACGAUGGAGGACCUCCUCAGAUCGUACGUCAUCAUGUACGAGAGGCAGAGGGAGACUUUUCAACACCGGGCCAGCAUGAUUUUCUUUUGAGGCUUGAAUGGUAAAGAAUAGACUGACCUUAGAUGUAAUUCUUAUCAAAUCUGGAUCAGUGUUUGCACAAUAAAAUACUUAUAAACUUUGAAUUACAAACUCUCCUUAAUACAGAUCAUUUCUACAGAAGAAAAUAGUGACUGACUUGGUUUUAAUCAUUUACUUGUGCCUUUUUUGAAACUGUUGAGUGUCUAGAAAAAAAAAACAUUUGAUACGUUUCCUUUUAAUGUGUAGUCAGUUGUCUCUCAUCCAGAAGGUCAGGGGUUCGAUCCCCAGCUCCUGCAGGUAUGUGUCCAAUGUGUCAUCCAGCAAGACACAAAACCAAAAGUUGCUCCUCCUGCUUUGUCUUGUGAAUGUGUAUACAAGGAUUAGUUGGGACAUUCUCCACUUGUCCUGCAGGUUGUCUCGCAGAAGUACAAUUAGAUUUUGAUUAUUAGCCUCACAUUUAUAGUUUGAUUUAAUUUGAGCAGGCUAUAAUACUUAAUUUUUUGUUCAAUAGACAGAAAUCUGCAGUCUGGAAAACUAGACCGUUCAAUUUAAAGCAACAAAAUUGCCGGAUUGUGUUUAUAAUAAGAAUUGACAUUUGAAAACCCUGGACAACGGAUUGGUUCUUUUAAAGGUUUGCUCUUAUCUAUGUUAAGUAUUUUUGAGUAGUAAUGGGAUAUGAGGUGUGCAGUGAAUUAUAGGCCUCACUUAACCAGCAUUGUACUGCACUGUAACUACAGAACUUCAAUAAUUGGUUGGCCCAAACCAAAAAAUAUACAUAACAAGUUUUGUCCUUGGUAAUAUAUGGGAAGUGAUAUCAAGUAAUCCAUGUGAAUAUGUUUAGAAAUGUUUCAUGUAGCCCAAUUGUAAAGUGUGGGGGAACCUUUAUAAUUUGCAAUUGCUUGAAUGUGAAUAUGGAAAAGGUGUAGAAAAUUCUGUAUAGAAAAGAAACACGUGGAAAUUGAAAAAGUACUUUAUUUAGAAAAAAAGACAAGUUCAGUGGAAAAUAAAGAACCCUCUUACAUGCUGUGCAAAAACAUGCUCACAAAA